GAGGUUUCCUGAAUGCGUCACUUCCGACUUUGGACCCUUUCUCCUAGCUUAUAUCAGUUGUGUGAGGCGCGUGUUUACAAACUCCCAGAUGAAGGAGGCCAUAAUGAACCAGGAGAAGCUUGCCAAACUGCAGGCGCAGGUCCGCAUAGGUGGCAAGGGUACGGCUCGCAGAAAGAAGAAGGUGUUGCACCGAACUGCGACAACGGAUGACAAGAAGCUGCAGUUCUCCCUCAAGAAGCUGGGAGUCAACAAUAUCUCUGGUAUUGAGGAGGUGAAUAUGUUCACAAACCAAGGCACAGUUAUCCACUUCAACAACCCAAAGGUGCAGGCAUCCCUAGCGGCCAACACCUUCACCAUCACGGGCCACGCCGAAAACAAACAGCUCACGGAGAUGCUCCCGGGAAUUCUAAACCAGCUGGGAGCGGAUAGUCUCACCAGUCUAAGGCGAUUAGCGGAGUCGCUGCCCAAGCCAACCGGGGAGAGCGAAGCACCUACGUUCGCAGCCGAAGAAGAGGAUGAUGAAGUUCCUGAUCUUGUGGAGAACUUCGACGAGGCUUCAAAGAAUGAGGCCAACUAACAUACCGACAAGCACAAACUCUGAACUCACCGCGGCAAGUUGAUUUGAGAUCAAAUGAGUAAAAGGUGGAGACUCCCUGUCUUCUACUACACAGCUCUCUGUCAUUCUGCAGUAAAGUAUUUAAUUCAGCA